UUUGAUCUUCAAGUGGUUUGAAAUCUGCAGAGGCACACGAUAAUCUUUCCCGCGAGUUUUUUGGCGAAAAUUUUGGCUCUUUUUCUGGUGCAUGGAUAGAGAAAUAUUCAAGUACAAAUAAAUUUAUAUCAUUUGGUUGAUUUAAACAUUCCAAUUGAUCAUGUCCUUAUUGCCAACCGAUGUGCAUCAGGCGCUUAGCCAGCUUUUGAAUGGGUUGGCUUCUGCUGAUAACAAUAUUAGAUCAGAAGCAGAAAAAUCAUUAGAAACCGAAUGGACAUUAAAACAAAAUGUUGAAAUGUUAUUAUUGUUCUUAGCAGAAAAUGCAUCUACUCCAGGGAAUGAAACUUUACAAGCAUUUUCGGCGGUUUUAUUCAGACGUAUUGCAAUCAAGUCUCCCAAAGAUUUUUCUAGCGUUACUGAUCGAACAAUUGGAGUAAUAAGUGAACCAGUUCGAGCUCAAAUACGUAAACUUUUAUUAAAUGGUUUUACUUCAAAUCAAACAAAUCAAGUCAGACAUAAACUUUCGGACGCUAUUUCAGAAGUGGCUAAAGAUGAUGUUUCUCCUCCUGGUAGCUGGGAUGAAUUAAUACCUGCUUUAUUUCAAGCUACUACUAAUAAUGAUCCAAGCUUCAGAGAAUCGGCUUUUAGAGUUUUCUCUUCUGCUCCGGAAUUGAUUGAUAAAUCUUAUAUAAAUCAAGUGUUACCCAUCUUUAAAGCUGGUUUUGAAGAUUCAAAUGAUGACGUUCGUAUUGCUGCUUGUACUGCUUUUGUGGCAUUUUUCAGAGAUAUACCAAAAAGUAAUUGGAAUACUUUGGCUCCUUUAUUACCUGAUUUAUUAAACUCUUUGCCUAGAUUCUUACAAAAUGGUCAAGAACAAGCUUUGGCUUCAGUUUUAGAAUCUUUAAUUGAUUUGGUGGAAUUGGCUCCAAAAAUGUUUAAAUCAAUGUUCCCAACUAUUAUCGAAUUUUGUUCUGCCGUAUCUAAAAAUAAAGAGGUAGAAUCAAAUGCCCGUAUGGCUGCUUUAGAAUUAUUAACCACCUUUUCAGAAGUUGCUCCAGUUAUGUGUAAAUUGACUCCAAAUUAUACUAGUGAAGUUAUUUUAAUCACUUUGGUUAUGCUUACUGAGGUUUGUAUCGAUGAUGAUGAUGCUGCUGAAUGGAAUAAUAAAGAUGAUAACGAUGAUGAAGAUGAAGAACCUGAAUAUGAUGCUGCUCGUCAAGCUUUAGACCGUGUCUCUUUAAAAUUAACCGGUAAAUCUUUGGCUCAACCUCUUUUCCAAUAUUUACCAGAUAUGUUACAAAGUAGUCAAUGGAGAGAACGUCAAGCUGCUUUAAUGGCUUUAUCUUCUGCUGCUGAAGGUUGUGCUGAUGUUUUGAUUUCAGAAAUUCCAAAAAUUUUGGAUUUAAUCUUACCUUCUUUACAAGAUAAUCAUCCAAGAGUUCAAUACGCUUGUUGUAAUGCUUUAGGUCAAAUGUCAACCGAUUUUGCUGAUCAUAUUCAAAUAACCGCAGGUUCUAAGAUCUUACCGGGAUUAAUUUCAAUGUUAACUAAUAAAUCUGUUCCAAGAGUUCAAGCUCAUGCUGCUGCUGCUCUUGUUAAUUUCUCUGAAGCUGCUUCAAAAGAAAUUUUAGAACCAUACUUGGAUGACUUAUUAAAUAAUUUAUUAGGUUUAUUACAAUCUCAAAAAAGAUAUGUUCAAGAACAAGUUUUGACCACUAUUGCUAUUAUUGCUGAUGCUGCUGAAAAAACUUUUGUUAAAUAUUAUGAUACUUUAAUGCCUUUAUUGAUUGAAGUUUUGAAAACUGAUAUGGGUCAAGAAUCAAGAUUAUUGAAGGCUAAAUGUAUCGAAUGCUCAACUUUAAUUGCUUUAGCCGUUGGUAAAGAAAAAUUCGAACCUCACUGUAAAGAAUUAAUUCAAUUAUUUGGUGUUAUUCAAGAAUCUUCUCAAUCCGAUGAUGACCCAGUCAUUCAAUAUUUAGAACAAGGUUGGGGUAGAAUUUGCCGUAUCAUUGGUAAAGACUUUUUACCAUAUUUGCCAGCUGUUUUACCACCAGUUUUAAGUGCUGCUAAAGCAACUCAGGAUAUUUCUUUAUUAGAAGAAGAAGAAGCCGAAGAAUUUAAUAAUAAUGAAGAAUGGGAUGUUAUUAAUUUAUCGGGUAAACUUAUAGCUGUUCAUACUGCUGCUCUUGAUGAAAAAGUUUCUGCAUUAGAUUUAUUAAGAACUUAUGCAAUUCAAUUAAAAGGGGACUUUUACCCCUUUGUAAAGGAAAUCGUUCAAGAUAUUGGACUUUCAGCUCUUGAUUUUUACUUACAUGAUGGUGUUCGUGCUUCGGCUGCUUUAACUUUGGCUGCUUUAUUGAAAUGUUCAGUUUAUGCAACUGGUAAUAACUCUGAAGAAUCUUUAGGAUUAUGGUCACAAAUUUCUAACAAAUUCAUAGAUGUUCUCACUAAUGAACCAGUACCAGAAUUAUUGGUCGCAUAUUAUACUGCAUUUGUUGAAGCAAUUUCAGUUUUAGGACCAAAUUGUUUAUCUCCAGAACAAUUACAAAAUUUAGCUAUUGCUAUCAAUACCAAUUUAACUGAUAUUUUUGAGCAUAUUAAAGAUCGUGAUAACGAAGAUGAUGAAUACACUGAAGAAGUUGAUGACAAUGAUAAUGACUACUCUGAUGAAGAAUUAUUGGAUGAAAUAAACAAAGCAAUUUCAUCCAUAUUUAAAAACACUAAAGCCAAUUUCUUACCAGCCUUCCAAUCACUCAUUCCAACUAUUGCAUCUUUCAUUAAUGACGAAAAUAUCAAUGUUAAAUUAUGUGGGUUAUGUGUCAUUUGUGAUCUUUUAGAACAUGCUGGUUCCGAGUUUGCUUAUAAAGAAAUGUUUACCGAUGUUGUUGCAGAAUCCCUUGUUUCUCCAGAGGCUAGCAUUCGUCAAGCUGCUGCCUACUCAGUUGGUGUUGCUGCUCAAUAUGGUGGUUCUAACUAUGCUGACUAUUGUUUAGCAUGCUUAAGACCAUUAUUCGAAAUUGCUGUAAUCCCAGAGGCUAGAUCAGAAGAUAAUAUCACUGCUACCGAAAAUGUUGUAACUGCCAUUGCUAAAAUUUGUAGAUCCUAUGGUGCUAGUGUACCAAAUUUGGAUUCCAUAGUUCAAGAAUGGGUCACUUUAUUACCAAUUAUUCAAGAUGAAGAAGCUGCUCCAUUUUCCUAUUCCUUCUUAGCAGAAUUGAUACAAAAUCAACAUGUGGCUGUCACCAGCCAAAUUCCAAAAGUUGUCGAAUCUGUUCUUCAAGCUUUGGCCCAUGCUGCAAUUGGUGGUACUACUGCUGAAAAAGUAGUUACUGCUACCAAACAAUUACUUGGUGCAUUACCCCAAGAAGAAGCUGUUGCAUUAUUACAGAAAAACCCGGCCUACAUUGACGUUGCUCAAAAAUGGUUCUCCUAGAUAUCUUUCUUAUUCUACCCUUGAUUAUCAUCAUAAUCUCUUGAUCUUUGCUUAUUCUAUUUUCUUUUCAUUACUUUUUUCCUAUUCUCUUUUCAUUUGUAUAGUCACAUAAUUCAUAAUUUAUUUACAUUUCUCUUUCUAGUACUCGCCACUGUUACCUUACUAGAUUUUCCAUAUAUAUAUCAUCUAAUUGAAAG